AUGAAGGGGCGAAUUAGACGUGUCCGCCACGUUGCAACCAGCAUGUUCGUCAGGAAGCGUGGUCAGUAUCAGCGAAUUAAUUUUACUUUCCAUCAAACGCACACUGACAACUAUGUAGAUGGCCGCCAGGAGCGCGUGCAAUUCGACAAGAUCACUGCGCGAGUAUCGCGUUUGUGUUACGGCUUAGAUACAGAUCACAUUGAUCCAGUAGCCAUCACCCAGAAGGUUAUUUCGGGUGUUUAUGGUGGUGUCACUACUGUUCAGCUAGACGACCUCUUGGGCCCCCAGGCUGCUGAAACCGCGGCUUACAUGACUGUCACCCAUCCCGACUAUGCGAUCCUCGCCGCUCUUUCUGAUCUCUAUCAUUAUGUGAACCCGAAGAAUGGUACCCCAUCUCCGAUGAUUGCCAAAGAAACAUACGAGUGCGUGAUGCGCCACAAGGAGGAACUCGACUCGGCUAUCGUGUACGACCGAGACUUCAAUUAUCAAUAUUUUGGCUUCAAAACACUGGAGCGCUCCUAUCUCCUUAAGCUUGAUGGACAGAUUGUCGAACGGCCACAACACAUGAUUAUGCGCGUUUCCGUUGGAAUUUGGGGCGACAAUGUCGAGCGCGUUAUCGAGACGUACAAUCUCAUGUCUGCCAAAUUCUUUACGCAUGCCUCCCCAACUCUGUUUAAUGCCGAUUGCUAUGGUGAGGAGUUUGAAAUCUUAUAUGAGCGUUACGAAAAAGAAGGGCGCGGUCGCAAAACUAUCAAAGCCCAAAAGCUCUGGUACGCUAUCCUGGAGGCACAAACAGAGACCGGAAACCCAUUUAUGCUAUACAAGGAUCACUGCAACCGCAAGAGCAACCAGAAGAACCUCGGUACCAUUCGCAGUUCCAAUCUGUGCACCGAAAUCAUCGAAUACUCAGCACCAGAUGAAGUUGCAGUCUGUAACUUGGCCUCAUUAGCUCUGCCAUCUUAUGUCGACUACGGCAAGGGUGUGUACGACUUUGAGAAGCUUCACGACGUAACAAAGGUGGUGGUUCGGAACCUUAACAAAAUCAUUGAUGUCAACUACUACCCAGUCCAAGAGGCGCGUAAUAGCAACAUGCGACACCGACCCAUAGGCGUUGGUGUUCAAGGCUUGGCCGACGCUUUUCUUGCGCUCCGUAUGCCUUUCGAGUCGCCGGAAGCUCGCCAGCUAAACAUACAAAUAUUUGAGACGAUAUAUCAUGCUGCCCUAGAGGCAUCAAUGGAACUAGCCAAAGAGCAGGGUACCUAUUCUACAUACAAAGGGUCCCCUGUCUCUCAAGGAAUCCUCCAGUACGAUAUGUGGAACGUCAAACCUUCUGACUUGUGGAAUUGGGAGGCUCUUAAGGAACAGAUCAAGCAGCAUGGCGUCAGAAAUAGCCUCCUUCUCGCACCCAUGCCAACCGCAAGCACGUCUCAAAUUCUCGGAAACAAUGAGUGUUUCGAGCCAUACACAUCGAACAUUUAUCAAAGGCGUGUUUUGGCAGGCGAGUUCCAGGUCGUCAAUCCUUGGCUGCUCCGAGAUCUGGUCGACCUUGGCCUUUGGUCCGACGCUAUGAAGAAUCGCAUCAUAGCUGAGGGCGGUUCCAUUCAAAACAUACCAAGUAUUCCCGAUGAUAUCAAGGCUUUGUAUAAAACGGUGUGGGAAAUCUCACAACGUACCGUAGUCCAGAUGGCGGCUGAUCGAGGCGCCUUCAUCGAUCAGUCACAGUCACUCAACAUCCAUAUGCGGGAACCCUCCAUGGGCAAAAUCACAAGCAUGCACUUCACUGGGUGGAAACUCGGUCUGAAAACUGGGAUGUACUACUUACGAACCCAAGCCGCCGCCGCCCCCAUUCAAUUUACCGUUGAUCAAGAGGCGCUUCGGGUCGCGGAUCCUAAUGUGGCCAAAGAUCGAUCUCAGUUGAAGAAGCGUGCUCCACCCUCUGGUGGCUAUUCCUCAUCCAACCCAACUGCCAGGCGCUCCGUUCCUGGUACAAGGAAUGAAUCCGCUAGGAACUCCGAUGACGCCCCGGGACAGAGCGUAACUGAGUCUCCAACAGCUGCGCAAUCGGAACUUAAACGCCAAGUACCUCUAGUUAAGGCAGACGCUGCUGAGGGAGGUAGUCCCAAGAAUCUAGCGACAGAGCCCAACGGGGCUAUGCCUUCGGAAGAGCUCCCUAACCUCAAUGGGAAAACGGACCCUCAAGAUGAAGACCUCGAUGAGGAUAGCAAAGAGCGCGAAAUGGAUAUUUACUCAGAGGCAGUCAUUGCGUGCAGCAUCGAGAAUCCCGAGGCUUGUGUCAUGUGCAGUGGCUAG